AAAACGGGAAAAAAAUUCAAGUUAGCGAUCCAAGAAGAAAUAGAAGGAGAGGAAGAAAACGUGAAUAAGUUUAGAUUAUAUUGUGAAAAGGUGUUAAUGGAAUUUUUUAAUUUAGUUGAUGUUUUCCCAACGCUUUCGAGAACGAUCAAAGAGCGAAAAUUCACUAUAUAUCAUAUUUCCCCAUUGUUCAUGUUUUACGAAUCCACUUUCGGAACCUUAGAAUUCGAUUGGAUUGAAACACAUGUGCGAUCAGCAAAGAUAGUAAAAACACCAACUGAUUCCGGAAUCGUACUGGUGGAUGUAAAGGGGUUUCGUGUCAGCGAUGGCAAAGAAAUCUGGCAUAUGGAAGUCUCGGGACCACCAAGUAAUCCUACAACUCGUCAUACUGUUUACGAUACCAAAAAGACGCUACACACUGACAUAUUGAAUUUGGUAGACAUCUUGAGAAACCACCUUGACCUAGAUGUAAAUAUAGCAAAAAAAAUUAAAGUUUUUAGCAUGCAGGUUAUUGCAUGCUGGGAAGAUGGCCAAUUUGUUGCGUAUGAGUUAGCAUCAGCGGAAUUGCCAUUUGAUUUUGAUUCACGGUCAAAGUAUAUGGCAGUUAUGCGGAUGAUGGCCAUUUUUCAUGACGAAGUAGUCCAGCAAAAAGCUAAAAUUGAUCGUAUUCUCAUACCUUGUAAAGGCAAGAGUGUUCGUAACGUUUUGAGGAUUCCAGAAAAUUUGCGAGAUAUAUGA